AUGCCACAUGUAAAGACGAAAGGAUCCGUUGAUAUUUCCAUUGCACAGAUGCAGAAAAUUCUUACCCAUUCACGGAUUUCACAUUUGAAUGCACUCUCGAAUGAUAUACUUCUCAGAAGAAAUUUCCUCACUUGUUCCCACUUCGCUUGCUUUUCUCUCCCACGUGACGGUAACAUUCCCGUUAGCGCCUUCUGCCGCGUCGCAGGCCCACUUUCCACAAUGGGUUAUCCCUCGACGAUCAUCCUGUGGGAGGACGCGGUGCCCUACGUGGUGUGGGGCCACGUCCUCGUGUUCGUGUGCCUGCUGGUGGUGGCCACCGUGGGCAGGAGGCUGAAGCUGCGGAGGAAGUACGUGGACAUCCUGGACAGCGUGUUCCAGUUCGUGGCGGCGAGGACGGAGGAGCCCGGCCUCGACCAGGAGGACGAGGAGGACUUCGACGACGAAGGGGUGGUGAUCUGCCCGGAGUCCCCCCGCGCGGACCCCAGCCUCCACCAGGGCGCGUUCGGGCUCCAGGACUCGCUGCCGUACCUGACGGCGGGCAUGCGGGCCGUGGUGCAGGACUGCGUCAGCAAGAGCUUCACCUCCGCCGAACUGCGCACGUGGAACAUGCUGUCCAGGACGAAGCGGCAGCGGCGCCUGCGCAUGAGCCCCUCGAUGACGGCGUUCUGGGCGGCCGGCGUCGUGGUGCGCUACGGGUUCCUGCUGCCGAUGCGCGUGCUGGUGCUGUUGCUGAGCCUGGCGACGCUGGUGGUGCUGUGCUCCGCCGUGGGCCUCCUGCCCGACACCCGCUUCAAGAAGCGCGUCAACGCCUGGGUGGUCAGCUGGUGCUUCGACUUCGUGGCCGGCGCCAUCUCCGUCGUGGCCAGGUUCCACAACAAGGAGAACCGCCCCAGCUUCGGCAUCGCUGUUGCCAACCACACGUCGCCCAUCGACUCCAUGGUCCUCGCCACCGACCAGUGCUACGACAUGGUAGGACAAAAAACUAGAGGAAUUCUCGGUGUUUUCAUGACGGCGUUGUCUCGAUGCUCGACUCACAUCUGGUUCGAUCGAUGCAGCUCGCAAGACCGGUCUGCUGUCUCGUCUAAGUUACAGGCCCACGCCACAGACCACAACCUUCCUCCUAUCCUGAUCUACCCCGAAGGAACCUGCGUCAACAACACGGCUGUGAUGCAGUUCAAGAAGGGGGCCUUUGAGAUCGACAGCGUGGUCUACCCCAUCGCCAUCCGCUUCGACCCCCGCUACGGCGACCCCUUCUGGUUCCAGGACUCCUUCGGCCACUACAUCCUGAGCAUGAUGACGUCAUGGGCCAUCGUGUGCGACGUGUGGUACCUUCCGCCCACGCGCAGAGGCCCCAGGGAGUCGGGCGCGGCCUUCGCGGGCAGAGUGCAAGGCUUGAUCGCCCACAGGGGAGGCUUCGACCAGCUGGCUUGGGACGGCAUCUUGACCUUCCAGAACACGAAGAGCAAAGUGUGGACAAGAAAACAAGAAGAAUGGAAACAAGCGCAACAGAGGGAAUAUGCGAGACACUUAAGAAGUGAUAAACGAGAGGAAAGAGAGAAGCGAGGAGAAGAGCAGAAGCGGCAGAUCACAUACGAACUUACUGCCAGUAUAGCUCAGAGAAUGAAGAACCCGAAUUCUUACCUUUUCAAAGAUAACGGAGAACUGACUGUCGAGAUGUGUCUCAACAGAGCCAGGGCCGAAGUUAAGAUCAUGGGAUACGUGGGCCAACAGAGGUCGAACAACACAACUAAUUACAUAUAUCGAGGUUACGUCCGUUUUCGAGGUCAUGGAGGUGAGAGGACAAACAUUACUUACACAACAGACGAGGACCUUUACAACAGGGAUACUAACCAGAGUAAAGACCGAUCGACACCAAAUGUAAAAGAUGUUGAAGGUCUCAAAAACGUUAUAAAAUACUCAAGCAAAGAGCGGGGUGUUGCUCCUUGGCUCUCCGCAGGGAGUCUGCAGUCAGAGUCUAAGGAUCAUUGCAAGUCACAUCGGUAUUGGAAUAGAUUCAAGGACAGGCAAGGGCACAGUGAACCCUUGGAUCAAUAA